AUGAUAAGUGAAACUGAGGGAAAUGAUGAUAUAACGGAUUUUCAGCUGAACUGUGCGAUGCACUACUUCGAGGACAUGAUAACAAAUCUCAAGCAUAUCAGCGAGACAAUAGAAUUAUCUCUUGAAAAAGUUGAUACAUCAAUUGACAAUACAGAGUCUGAAGAGCUCACUCGUGUUUGCAUUUCAGUUAAACAAUUCAUCUUACAGUUGCAUAACAAAAUUGUAGAUCAAAUUUUCUGUUUGGACCAAGGAAAAAUCCAACUUGAAGGAAUCAUCGAAGAAAACACAAAACUUAGAGACAAUUAUCUAAAAGGAGUCGCAUCUGUUGAUGCCCAGACUAUAAGUUCUAUAGAAUCAAGCGUUGAAGCUUUAGAAAAAGUUUCAAAUUUAAUUACAAAAAUGAACAGCUUAGCAAAGUCAGAAAGCACGCCAGCUAAGGUUACAAAAGAACUAAAGCCAUUAUUUAAGCAAUAUACUGAAGCCAAAAAUAACCUGAAUAAUAUUAAAUCGCAAUGCGUCAUAAACCAAGAAAUUUCGGAUCGCCAUCAUAUAAAGUACCAAGAAGAGUUCAAGAAAAAGCAACAAGAUAUUAUUGAUAAGUUUUCUUUCGUCAUAAGUUGCGCUGCAGAAACUGUUUGCUCAAGUUUUUCAAGUAUGAGCUUAUUGGAGACACAAACAAAGCUUACCAAGCCAGAAUUGAAAGUGAAAUUUAGAGAUUUCGAAGUUCCAACGUUUACUCCUUAUGUAUUCAAAAACAAGCACCAUACUCUUGAUCCAAUUGAAUCUCCUGUCAUGAAUUCUGCUAUAGUUCCUUACGGAGUUGCGGAAAUCAACAAAAGUUUUGAAUCAUCAAAUAGAACGUUUUCGCCAGGCGAAAAAGUCCUUCUAAUGGAUAAUACUGAUCGUCCUUACGCUGCAAUUGAAUUUGAAAACAAAAUUUAUUGCGUUCCAAGAAAUUCCCUUACAAUUAUAAAAUUUGGUCCUCCGUCAAAGCCUGGACCAAUCACUGUUGAUAAUUAUUAA